AUGUCUAUGCACGUAGACAACAUCAUAUUAGACAUGGAAAUCGAUACGGGCUCCCCGAUAUCCUGCAUUAGGGGUACGACCACCAUUUUAGGCCGGCAAUGGCUAAAAGAGCUAGGAAUUAGGAUACCUGUGUUAAAUUGUCAGAUCGAGAGUAAUAAUGAAUUGUGUAAAUUACUCGACAGAUAUAAGGAGCUGUUUAGCGGCGGUUUGGGGCGGUUCACGGGCGGCAAGGCGACGCUUCGCGUGAAGGAGGGCGCGGCGCCGGUGUACUGUCGCGCGCGCCCGCUGCCCUACGCGCUGCGGGACCGGGUGGACCACGAGCUGGACGAGAUGCUGCGCAGCGGCGUCAUCGAGCCCGUCGACACCUCGGAGUGGGCUACGCCUCUGGUGCCGAUCCAUCAGCUUUACUCUUACCACAAGACAGACCAUUGGCACCAGAGAACAUGACAAGAGAAGCCGCGCCCACUCCAGGUACGCCAGAGCAAGCGGAGUCGUGGGCGACACCGCCCGGCACCCCGGGCCCGACACACCGGGCCACGACGCCCGGCGGCGCGCGCCGCAGUACACCGCCGACACCGACCGCCGGUCCCGGUAACUAUCUCCAAACGUCGCCCUUGCCGCCCCCGGAACCGCCUCAACCCCGUCAUGUGAGAGAGUGCCGGAUUUUAAAUCCACCGAAAUACAAAUUUUAAGGAUUUACGUUAGGUGUAUUUAGUUCUUGUUAUGUGUGUAAUCUCAAUUUACCAUUGUACACUUUAUCGCGUUGCAAUAACGUUCACGAAAGGUCCCUUAGAGGUGUUGAUUAAAAAACUUAAUAUAAGUUACCUAUGUACCUACUCAUACGUACAGAUAGUAUUUUAAGUGGGAUGAGUAGAUACUGGUUACCCAAGUACAUAUUAUAAAUAUU